AUGGAGGGAUGUAAGUUGAUGUGCUGUGGCAGGGGGUUCAACAAGAGGAGGAUUAUCGUCCAGGAACAAUGCCAUUGCAAGUUUCACUGGUGCUGCACUGUCCGCUGCCAGACGUGUCUCGUUGAAAAGGAUGAAACGUUCUGCAAGUGAAAAUCCAGUAACACGUUUAGAAAUGAAGAAAAGCUAAUUAAAUAAUUAAUUAUUAAAGAUUAAUUAUUUGUUAUUUAUUUAAUAAAGCGUUUUUUAAAACAAUUCGACGGAUCGAAACUAACUACUGUAGUAAUUAUGAUAGUUCAAAGCGAAAAAAAAUGAUUAUCCCUUAAUACUGUUGUUCGUUAAAUGCACACAACACACACACACACACACACACACACACACACACACACACACACACACACACAAAUUCAUAAUAUAUAUAUCUAUAUACAACUUAACUUCUUUUGCUAGCUGUUGUGGAUUUGUUUCAAAAUAAAAAAAAACAAUAAUUUUUAUUUUUUGUAUCUAAAAAUUCACACGCACAAACGUACACACACUUAUGUAUGUUAAACUAUAUACACGUACAUGUAUGUGUUCAUGUAUGUGUAAGUAUUUGUAUAUAUAUAUAUAUAUAU